AUGACCGGAGAAAAAGUUUCUGGUGAAGAAAAUCAGCUAUUUGUGCAAAUCAGUUGUUGUAAUAGCAGAAGCAGAAGCAGAACCAGAAAAAGAAAGAGCAUAAUAGCCCCUUUUUACAGAGAUAAAGGAGUGCUGCUGAGAUGGUAUGGUUCUAAUGAAAUGCACAGAGUUAUGGAGGACAAAUUGAUGAGACAGAAGGCACGGAUUUUGCUUGACGAGGCAGCUUCAUGGUCUCUCUUGUGGCAUCUUUAUGGAAAAGGAAAUGAAGAACUUCCUGAAGACCUUAUCCUGUUGCCAACUACUUCACACUUAGAAGCUUGCCAAUUUGUUGUGAAGAAUCAUACUGCUCAACUAUGCCUCCGAAUUGUUCAGUGGCUUGAAGGAUUAGCCUCCAAAGCCCUUGAUUUGGAUAGAAAG